AUAUAUAUAGUACAUAAGAGCGAUGAGAAAACAAGAAUAGUUGCAACUAAGUAGCUUUAAUUAUGUAUAUGCUUAGAAGUUGUCUGCUAAUAUUUCUACUUCUCCAUGUACUAUGUGCUGCUGCCGCCUUCAUCAACAUAUCCGCCACCCCUUUCACCAAAGGCUUCAGCCCUCUCUUUGGUGAAUCAAACGUCUUCCCCUCCGCCGACGGCCGUUCUGUGCAACUUCAUCUCAACCAAUAUACAGGCUCAGGGUUCAAAUCCUCAGACCUAUACAGCCAUGGCUUCUUCAGUGCCAAAAUCAAGCUACCUUCCAACUACACAGCCGGCAUCGUGGUCGCCUUUUACACAACAAACGGAGACAUGUUUCGGAAGACACAUGAUGAACUAGAUUUCGAGUUCUUGGGGAACAUAAGAGGGAAGGCUUGGAGGUUUCAGACAAAUAUGUAUGGGAAUGGAAGCACAAGCAGAGGCAGAGAAGAGAGAUAUUACCUUUGGUUUGAUCCCUCCAAACACUUCCAUCGUUACACCAUACUAUGGACCACCAACAAUAUUAUAUUCUACAUCGACGAUGUUCCGAUUCGGGAGAUAGUACGGAACGAUGCAAUGGGAGCUGACUUCCCAUCGAAACCGAUGGCAUUAUAUGCCACCAUCUGGGAUGCCUCGGAUUGGGCUACUUCUGGCGGCAAAUAUAGGGCAAAUUACAAAUAUGCCCCUUUCGUGGCGGAGUUUACUGAUCUCGUCCUCCACGGAUGUCCUACCGACCCACUGGAGGAGGUGGUAGCCGCCAGUUGUUCCGAUAGAGACGAUGAACUCACUAGUUCUGAGUUUGCUAGCAUAACCCCUAAACAAAGGCUAGCUAUGAAAGAGUUCAGGGGGAAGCAUAUUUAUUACUCGUAUUGUUAUGAUAGGUUAAGAUAUCCAGUGCCACCACCAGAGUGUGUUAUUGAUCCGACGGAACUGCAACAAUUUAAGAACACUGGACGGUUAAAAUUUGAUGAGAAACACCAUCAGCGGAGGUUCAAGAAAAGAAAAGGCGAAGUUUUAGGAGAUAAGAGUUAUGGAAAUCAAGAGGAUGUGUGAUUAAUUAUACCCUAGCUCAUGUAUAGAUACAACAAUAUUUUAUUUCAUUUUUUUCUUUAAUAUUUAAGUUAGGUAUAUAGUUCUUUGUGGGGAGAUUUGUAGUAAUGAGUUUAAUAGAUUUACUAGCUAGCAUUAUUCUUUAGAUUGUCUGUCUAGUUAGAUACAAAAGUGGUGUGCCAUGAUUUUAUUCAAGGAAUAAAAUUAUAAUGAAGUUUAAAGAA